AUGCCCACGAGACGGUAUGCCUGUACCCAUCAAGGUUGUGACCGCGCCUUUCCCAAGGCCGAACAUCUUGCCCGCCACGAACGAAGUCACCUCGGCUUGAAGCCAUUUGCCUGCCCAGUAUGCCAUCGACGUUUCGGACGUCAAGAUUCUAUGCUCCGCCAUAGCAAACUACAUGAGAAUUGCUCUACCAACAACUACGUGGCCGAUAGUCUGACUACGCGCCGGACCCGCAAUCAUUUCAGCUCAGAAAGCACUCUUCAGUUUCACGCUACAGCCUCUCAAACACCUGUAGCCUCGUCAAACUCAAACUCGGCUUCAUUGUCCAACAACUUGCAAGCUACCAUCGGCCUCCAUCAAAAUGGUGCUGAGCUGGUUCAGGCUUCGCUCGCGCACAACUCUCCUAGCGUGUCAGGACCUAACGGCAUGCCAACCUCAGAUGACUUUGGGGGAGCUCUGGAUGCAGGUUUCGCAGUGACAGAUUUUGGAUUCGACUGGACCAUCGCAUCCGAGGACAUCUUCGGGCUCCUCAGAUCGGAACCCUCGAUGGUCAACCUAGCCUUGCCUUUCCCUCAGUACACACAACCCCUCUCAGACGCACAAACAUACCUUACCGACAGUUCCAUGGAGAGACAUGCCCCACAAGGGUCAGUGGAUGCUAGCAGAGAUGCCGUGCAAGCAAUGAGCAAUAUCAUCAAGGAGCUACCAGCUAAGCUCGUGGCCGAACUGGAGAACAAUGAUGUUACAUCCUCCUUCUUUGAUGAAUGUAUGGACCUCUUCUUCACACGUUUUCUGACCACCUUCCCCCUUGUCCACAAACCCACAUUCCAUGCUCGAGAGUGCCGUCCAACCCUCUUGCUCAAUAUGCUGGCGCUCGGCUCGUCUUUUAUAGGCUCCAGCGAUGCCACAAUCAAGGGCGAAUCACUGUGGUCAUUAGCCCACGCGGUGGUAGCAACUUCAUGGCCUACAUUGAUGUCACACCGAGGUCCUCGCGAUGCUUGCGACGGCGUCCAACUAGUCCAGUCCGCUGCUCUUGGGCAGAUGUACUCCCUAUUGUCCGGAAAAUAUAAAAUACGAAUGACGAGUCAAAUCUUCCAUAGCUUGGGCUUCUAUUGGUCCCAUGAAUGCGGAAUGUUUGGGUUGAGCAUGUCUACGCAAACGACACUUCCGUCUCCUGUGGCAAGCCCUGCGGAGAAGCUCGAAGUAUGGACAACCUGGGCGUCGUCUGAAGUGCAGUUGCGGGCACUUCUCACGCACUACAUUCUUGAUGGGGUCAUUGCACAAUUCUCUGGCAACCCCACAUGUGCACAUCACGCUGCUAACGCAUUACCCAUGCCGGCCUCUUCUGGCGCAUUUGAAGCUACAACCCCAGAUGAAUGGAUUGAAGAAAUGACAGAGAGCACCCACAUCGGCAUGUCAUUUCAGAAGUUCAUCUUCGCUCUUUUCCACGACAAUGAAGCCAUCAUCAACCAGCCUAUACCGGAAUUCGCCAUGCGCGUUGUGCUAGAAAGUCUCCAAUCAAUGGUACUCGAAGAAGCUGAAGCAGGUGGUAGCACAAUCGGGACGCCAACGCGGCACGAGAUCUGUGGCGCCAUGCUCCGUCUACAUCACUACCAAGUUACUCAAUCCUCGAAUGCCGCGGAGCUCUUGUUACGGUGGCAUUGCAUUUUCAUCAGCAUGACUGUUGACACGAGAGCUCUCUGCGACCAAAUUUGCUCGGUAUGCGACGUGUCGGAGCAAAUCUUUCGACCACGCUCCAAUCAUGUACGUCAUCGGAAUUUUGACGUCAAAUCCUGGACAGAAACUUGCGAUGCUCGUCGAGCCCUACUACAUGCCUUCGCCAUCCGCGAGCUUGUACAGAACCUGCCUCUUGGACGUUCGCAGGCGAUUCACAUUCCUUUCGCCGUAUUUAUGGCUGCGACAAUCCAAGCGGCAUUCAUGGCGACCGGUGCUCAGGUGCUCGCUGUCCCCACGCGCAUAGACUGGGAAGUCGCGUGGCUCAACGGAAAUGUCACUGACCUUGAGUCUUCAUCUCUUAGGGACAAUAGUUGUAUUGAAACCCAACAAUUUCUAGAAAACACCUUCACCCCCGAAAACCUGCGACACCUGUCUAGGAAGAUGUCAUUGGAGUUACACAGUCUCCGCAUGCAACUCAAGGGCAUUUCGUCCAGCUGGGGUAUAUCCCAUCAAAUGGAUCACAUCAUAGGUCAAUGGCACCGGUCGCUCAAAGUACGGAACAUACUUCGAGAACCUGAGCAAGGGCGGUCUCUCUACCCAUGA